AUGUGUAAUGUGAUGCAUUUUACUCUGCAAAAAGACCUCUAUCCCCUCUCCUUCAUCUUCUUCUUAUGCAUCUUCACCACCACCAUCAUAACCACCGUCGCCGGUUUCAACAACGUCACCACACUCACGUUCGAGGACUCGUAUUCUCCUCUCUUCAGCAAAUUCAACAUCCAACGAUCUCCCGAUGAUAGGACCGUUCGCCUCCUUCUCAAUCGUUUUUCAGGCUCCGGAAUCAUAUCGUCCGACUAUUACAAUUACGGCUUCUUUAGCGCCAGCAUCAAGAUGCCAUCCGAACACACUGCCGGUAUCUGUGUCGCGUUCUAUACGUCAAAUGUGGACACGUUUGAGAGGAACCACGAUGAACUAGACAUCGAAUUUUUGGGCAACGUAAAGGGAAGGCCAUGGAGGUUCCAAACAAACAUGUACGGCAACGGAAGCGUUUCGCGCGGGAGGGAGGAGAGGUACCGAAUGUGGUUCGACCCAACCAAAGCCUCUCAUCGAUAUAGCAUUCUUUGGACCCCAAGAAACUUAAUAUUCUACGUGGACGACAUCCCGAUAAGGGAAGUGGUUCGGAACGAAGACAUGAAAGGGGACUACCCGUCGAAGCCGAUGUCCGUCUACGCCACCAUAUGGGACGCGUCCACUUGGGCCACAGGCGGGGGCCACGACAAGGUCAACUACGAAUACGAGCCGUUCGUGGCCGAGUUCAAGGACCUCGUGCUCGAGGGAUGCGUCGUGGACCCCACAGACCAAAUAUUGUCGUCCAACUGCACGGACUCGGUUUUGAAAUUGAUGUCGAACGAGUAUGCGGGCAUCACGCGGCGUGGCCGGGAGUCGAUGAAGUCGUUCCGCGAGAAGUACAUGUAUUACUCGUAUUGCUACGACAACUUGAGGUACCCGGUCCCGCCGCCCGAGUGCGUGAUCGUGCCUUCCGAGAGGGAAAUGUUCAAGACGAGCGGGCGGUUGAGGGAGAAAAUGAAGUUCCACGGCAGCCACCACGGCCGCCACCGGCGGGGGAGGAGCCGGAGGAGGAGCAAGGAAGCUACAAUGUGA